GAUUUCGCAAGCUGCGAAUUUAGCAACGAGGCAACGGAAAAAUGCAACAGUGGGAAGGAGCAGGCAAAAGGAAAGGUCUCGAAACGGUUUCACAUAAAACGGCCAAUGAACGCCUUUAUGGUAUGGGCUCGUGAGGAGCGACGGAAAAUACUGAAGGCCUGUCCGGAUAUGCACAACAGCAACAUUUCCAAGAUUCUAGGCGCCAAGUGGAAGGCAAUGUCGACGGAGGAGAAGAAGCCCUACUACGAGGAACAGUCGCGACUGAGUCGCAAACACAUGGAGGAGCAUCCUGACUAUCGGUAUCGUCCGCGGCCCAAGAGAACCUGUAUCGUCGAUGGACGUAAACUGCGAAUCUCCGAGUAUAAGGAGCUCAUGCGGUCUAGGCGCACGGACAACAGAAAACAGUGGUUCGGACCCGAGGGUGGGGACACCCAGCGCAUUAGCAGCUCUCUGAAUGAGAACCUCGAGGACCCCACCGCCGUGCUCCACCUGCCGGUGCAGUUUGGACGCUUUGAUGACGAGGAGGAGGAUGUCCACAUGGAAGUGAGCGAACUGUUGAGCAGUGCGUCACCCAGCCCUGCUGGCACACGAACUCCGGAGGUCAGUCAUAACACAAGAAGUGAAACGGCGCCGGACCAACAGCAACAGCAGGAGGAACAACACACAGAGGCAGCUGAGGCAGGAAGAUCCCCCAGCUCUCAGUACUCCCCUCUCUGUCCAGAAGUGAACUUCCACCACCCCAGACUCCAGCUGCAGUCCGUUGACGAAUACGGUGUUGGUGUCUGUUCAAAAGAAUCUGUCACCGAGACGCCAGAGGCAGUGCGACAGUCAUCUUCCAUAUUUUCUUAA